CCGCCCACCAAGUGUCUGUGGAGUUUCCCUCAGGUGGGCAGAAGAGGCGGAAGAGAAGGGAGGAUGCGUGUGCCGUGGGGCCCCGAGGCCGCCCUGCUGUGCCGGGACCUGGUGUCCUUCUACCGGGCGCACUGGCUGGAAGGGCGGCUGUCCCUCUGCGAGGAGGCGGCGCUGCGGGAGCGAGCCAGGCGCCUCCUUCCCGGGCCGGCCAAGAGGACCCUGGGGCUGGGCGGCCUGGCCGGGAAGGAGGCGAGGCUGGCGCCCGCCCUGGGCUUCCUGGAGCUGCUCUGCGUCCACCUCGCCCUGGCGCCCUGGAGGAAGGAGGCCCGCGCCCUCAAGACUUUUACAGGAAACUUUGUCUACUACGUACGAUCUGUUCUUCCAGAAGAGGUUGUGGAAAGAUUACUAGGAAAAAUUGGCUACGUCGCAACCACGGCCACAGAGUUCACAUUAAUUAGGAAGCUAAAUCAGGAGGAAGCUGAACAAAUUGCAUUUGAACUGUUCCUUGCCAGAAUUGAGUGUGAAAAUCUCGAAGUUGCUGAGGACACAAGUGACAGCGAUUUGGGGGAUCUGCGGCAGGAACGAGCUCAAGAGCACUGGAGUCCUGGAGAGGACCUUGAUAAAAAGCAGCAGCCUAUCCAGAGUAAAGAAUAUGUGUUUGCUAGAGGAGAAAGUGAGGCACAAGAUGACCAUGGUCCUCAGGAGACAUACCUAACUCAAAGCACUCUGGCCCUCAAAAGGCCUGAGAAUCCUGAGCUCAGAAGUGAAGUUUCUCACAGAAGUCCUACUGAAGAUUUGCAAACAGCUAUUCCCAAACACUUUCCUGAGCCAAACACAAACCAAAGAAGUGUAGAUGUUUCCUCAAACUUUUGUGUCAAAAGCUCUGACAGUGAGGAUUUCUUAAUUAAAUACAGUGACAUUGUCAUUGGGCAGAAGCCUCUCCACUUCACAGAUCUCUCUCCAAAAGCGUCAGCCAAUGAGACUCGGGCCACGGGGUUCAUUGAGACAGGACUGGGCCCAGCAGCCGACGGGGCACAGUUGGCCACUCUUCUGUCCCCUGAUGCUAGUGGGCCACAAGCCUUGGCAAUACUGAAUAAUGGCACUCUGGGAAACCACCGCCUAUAUGAUUACAGAACCCAAGAGACAGAUGAAUCUAAGGUUUGCAGUGCUAUGAACUGCCUCAGCAUUUAUGGAGCAGAUCCUACAGACCAACCCAAAGAACUGAAAGGCAACACUGUCCAACACAGCAAUAUGCAUACAGGAUGUAACCUACCCAGAGAAGAGGACACUUGUGAUUUAUUCUGUAACAAGAAACUAAAAAUCAAGCUGAUGUAUCCUGUAGAGGAAACAACACAAUUAGAGCAAAGAACUAGCAGGAGUGCAAACCAAGAAGUUCAUCUUUCUGGAAUGAAGCUUGAAGAUCCACCUGGUAGAAAGAGAGGAGGCUUCAACAUUAACAGCUAUUCUUCACCAGACCUUUUCUGUAAUAUCACCAGCUGUGAAUGUCCUGCUGUUGAGUCAGCUUACAACAAACUUGUAGUCGGUAAUCCAGGUACAUCUGGAGCUGGGGAGAUCUCUAGGAAUGUUGGAGAGCAACCCACUUCAUCUUACGCUGUUGCACCUAAGACCCUUGAACAUGGCGGCCUUACAGCAAUCCUUCAGUGCAAGCAGGAAGGAUGUCCUCUCCAUUCCUCUUUUGCAGACUUUAAUACUUGCCUUGCACCAGUGAGUGAAACUAAUCUAGAGGGUUAUGUUAUGAUAAACAAGGACGACUAAGAAACAAGAUAUUACAAAAAUUGUAUCAAUAAAAAUAAACAAUUCAAAAAAC